CGUCGCUAUUUUAUUCUUGUGUGACUCUUAUGCGCAUUUAUACAAUUUCUUAAAGGGAUAGAGAAAUUUGGUAUAGAUGGUCUUCAAAUUUCAUCUAAUAUUUAACACUUCAAAUAAACUGAGUCUAACUUCUUACUUGUCCGCCGAAAUUUACAAUUAUUGUCAGGCAAGUUGGCGUAUAAGAUCUUGAGGACUAGAUAUAAAACUGUUCGAGCUGCUUUCAACUCCUACAGCACAAUGUCUGAAAAUCUCCCAAGGACACUUGUUCCCAGAGUUCCCGAGAGAAACUUAGGGAGAUUCAGGGAAAAUGAAGGCCAUGAAAAGCUAAACUCAUGGGAAGUUUUUGAAACCCCAUCUCACAGUCUCGAGGUCCUUAAAGAGGCUGCGGAAUAUCUCAAAACCAAAGAUGUACCUGUCGCAUUCCCCACUGAGACUGUUUAUGGGCUUGGAGCGGAUGCAACGAGAAGCGCUGCAGUAAAGGGUAUAUACGCCGCCAAGGGUAGACCUUCAGACAACCCCCUGAUCAUUCAUAUAUCAGACCUGGAGAUGCUUCGCAGCCUCCUGACGCCCGAGAAAAGUACAUCUAACGGCACAGCAAACGGUGGCCAUGACCCGAUUCCUGAGAUAUACAAACCUCUCAUAGACAAGUUCUGGCCAGGGCCCCUGACAAUACUACUUCCCAAUCCAACUCCGUCGAGAUUAGCCCCUGAGGUGACGGCUGGGCUAAAGACAUUUGGGGUGCGAAUGCCAAAUUCGCCCCUGGCCCUUUCACUCAUCAAGCUGACGGGCGCACCUCUAGCAGCCCCUUCAGCAAACGCUUCUACAAAGCCUUCACCAACCACUGCGGGGCACGUGCUAGAAGAUCUGUAUGGCCGCAUUGACCUAAUACUCGAUGGAGGGCCCUGUCUCGUUGGGGUAGAAAGCACCGUGGUAGAUGGUCUAUGUGAUCCUCCUGUCAUUCUCAGACCGGGUGGAGUGAGUAUAGACGAAUUGCGCUGCUGCGCCGGAUGGGAAAAAGUCGAAAAGGGGUAUAAAGAUCACAGUGAGACGGGAAAGUCUACGCCAAGAGCGCCGGGGAUGAAGUAUAAGCAUUACAGUCCUAAGGCAAAGGUGAUUCUCUACGAAGCAGCUUUCGAAAAGGGUAGGGAUGGCAUACAAAUAGAUGAUAUCGAAGAUCUCGUCCGGGAUCGUGAAGCCCAACAGAUACCAGUCUCCAAAGGUGGGCCACUACGAGUCGGCAUUAUACGGACUCGACAUUGGAAACCUGCUGCCGGACUGCGUUGUAGUAACUUGAAGAGGUGGGUGAGGGAAGAAAGUCAGGAGGCGGACGAGCUAUAUGUCCAAGAAGGCGAAUUUCACGAUACCACGAGCGGUGCUACCGUGGGAAAACUUUUAGACGUAAGCAUAGGGGAGGACACCAGGAGUAUAGCGCAGGGGCUCUUUUCGGCGUUACGGGAACUAGAUAAAAGGGAUGCGGAUAUCAUAUUUGUGGAGGGUAUAGUAGACGAUGAAGACAUCGGCGCGGCGGUCAUGAACCGGCUGCGCAAAGCAGCUUCUCGGAUUAGGUCGUAGCCCAUCACUUCAUAACUGGGCUGAGCAAAAAGAUGCUCCCCAUUAAGAGUAAAUAAAGACUUUUUUACCAACGCCAUGCCAAAGUCUACGUUAAGACCAUCUCAUCUCAUCUUAUCUCAUUCGAGGUCUCCCAUGCUUCAAACAGUUAAGCGACCUCAUAGACCUUGUCUUAGCCAGUCCGUCAG